UUAAAUUUAUCAAUGGCCUUUUCCCAGUCUUUUGAUUUUGGAGAGAGCACUAUGAUGCAGCUGGAAAACGAUCUAAAAUCCACGAAUGUGAAGGGACAUAUUAAGCCGAUGGAGUCAAAAUAUGUUCAGAACCAGCCAAAAAAUUCUAAUGCCAGCUGCGACAACUACUCCGAGUUCUUUAAGGAUUCUUUUCCGUAUAUGGAGCAACUGUGCAAGCCAACGACGCCCAUUGAGUAUCAGUUUAUGACGCGCGUUUCCCAAAUGGAGGCUGCUCUGAACUCGCCUGCCUUUGAAAGUUGCGGCAGUCCUUCCGCCUUUGAAGCUCAAAUUUGUACGGAAGAUGUCUUCGGCACAGAUGGAUCUCACGAGGAUUCCAAGACCAAGGGCAAACUUCAGUUAGACGAAAGCAGUUUUCUGUGCCCAGCGCUUGAUGAGCAGGCGUCACAGCAACUCCAGGAGGAUCUUAUGCGCAGUCGCAGUGUACUGGUUAAUCAGGAAGUGGAGUAUCGCCAGGCAUCGAACACAUCACCCAGACUGAGCCAAAAUCUAAGCAAAAUGUCGCCCAAUCAGCAACGUGUGUCCCCCACAUCCUCAACCGGCUCGAGUGCUUCAGAUGCCAAUGAAGCAUUGGACGUGGAAUCGCUCAGAUCCAUAUCCGCAUGGAAUCUACCGCACAGCGUGCUCAGCGAGUACAAAAAGAAGGGAGUCGUCCAGAUGUUUGACUGGCAGGUGGAGUGUCUGAGCAAGCCGCAAGUACUCUUUGAACACCGUAAUCUGGUCUAUUCAGCUCCCACUUCUGCCGGCAAAACCCUGGUGAGCGAAAUCUUGCUGCUAAAAACGGUGCUAGAACGGAGCAAGAAAGUAUUAGUUAUCCUGCCAUUUAUCUCAGUGGUGCGGGAAAAGAUGUUGUACCUGCAAGAUCUUCUCACACCCUCAGGAUACCGGGUUGAAGGUUUUUUUGGUGGUUACACGCCUCCAGGUGGUUUUGACGCUCUCAAUGUAGCUAUCUGCACCAUCGAGAAGGCGAAUGCCAUAGUGAACAAGUUGCUGGAGCAGGGCAAACUAGAUGUGAUCGGCACCGUAGUCGUGGAUGAAAUACAUCUCAUCUCCGACCCGGGCCGGGGCUAUAUUCUUGAACUAUUGCUGGCAAAGAUUUUGUAUAUGUCGCGGAAGCAUGCCUUGCAAAUCCAAGUCAUCACAAUGUCGGCCACUUUGGCCAAUGUCGAAUUGCUGCAGAGCUGGCUGAAUGCAGAACUCUAUAUAACCAAUUAUCGGCCAGUGGCUCUUCAGGAGAUGAUUAAGGUAGGCACUCAGAUCUAUGAUAAUAACUUGCGAGUCCUGAGAGAUAUCACGCAAAAGUCAGCGGUGCCUAUGCUGGGUAAUGACUGUGACCAUGUGGCACAAUUGUGUAUCGAAACGCUGCUCGAGGGCUGCUCCGUUAUAGUCUUUUGCCCAUCGAAGGAUUGGUGCGAGAAUCUAGCUGUCCAGCUGGCAACAGCAAUUCACACUCUGAUUAAGUCGGGCUCCGAAGUGGGUCAAAACCUACGCACGCAUCUGAACCCGGCUUCCAUUGAAGAGGUUAAACAACAGUUAAGGGAUAUCCCUACAGGUCUAGACGCAGUCAUGUCCAAGGCAAUCACCUAUGCUUGUGCUUUCCAUCAUGCUGGUCUGACGACAGAGGAACGAGACAUUGUCGAAGCGAGUUUUAAGGGCGGAGCUAUUAAAGUUCUUGUGGCCACCAGCACAUUAAGUUCCGGUGUCAAUCUACCGGCUCGUCGUGUACUCAUCCGUUCCCCGCUUUUCGGGGGCAAGCAAAUGAGCUCGCUAACUUAUCGCCAAAUGAUUGGCAGAGCCGGUCGCACGGGAAGGGACACUCUCGGAGAAUCGAUACUCAUCUGCAAUGAGAGUAAUGCCCGGAUUGGCAAAGAUUUGGUCACCGCACAACUUAAGCCGAUCACCUCGUGUCUGGAGAUGGAUGGCAGUACCCACUUGAAGCGUGCCUUGUUGGAAGUCAUAUCCUCGGGCGUGGCCAGCACCAAGGAGAAUAUAAAUGAUUUUGUCAAUUGCACUCUGCUGAGUGCCCAAAAAAAGUUGGCCACACCCCCCACUACCACAGAAAAGGAUGAAGAAGAGGGCGAUGGGGAAAAGUGGACGGAUUACAUUAGUGAUGCGCUAGAUUUUCUGAUGGAGUACGAGUUCGUAAGACUACAAACAGACGAGGAAGCGGAAACAUCAAACUAUGUGGCCACCCGUUUGGGAGCCGCUUGCCUGGCCUCUUCUAUGCCUCCCACUGAUGGCCUGAUUCUCUUUGCAGAGUUGCAAAAGUCUCGUCGCUGUUUCGUCUUGGAAUCAGAACUUCACGCUGUUUAUCUAGUAACACCUUACUCUGUGUGCUACCAGUUGCAGGAUCUUGAUUGGCUGCUCUACCUGGACAUGUGGGAGAAACUGAGCCCUGCCAUGAAGAAGGUGGGUGAAUUAAUUGGCGUCAAAGAGGCGUUCCUGGUGCGAGCGAUGCGAGGUCAAACCAAGUUAGACUACAAGCAAAUGCAGAUACACAAGCGGUUUUAUACAGCGUUGGCGCUACAGGAAUUGGUAAACGAGACGCCCAUUAAUGUGGUGGCCCACAAGUUUAAAUGCCAGAGAGGCAUGUUACAGGGCCUGCAACAGAUGGCCUCCACAUUCGCGGGCAUUGUUACCGCCUUCUGCAACUCGUUGCAGUGGUCGACUCUGGCCCUGGUCGUAUCUCAAUUCAAGGAUCGUUUGUUCUUUGGCAUCCAUCGAGACCUAAUUGAUCUGAUGCGCCUUCCGGACUUGACGCACAAGCGAGCUCGUGCACUACACGACGCCGGCUUCACCAAUUUGUUGGAAUUGGCCGGCGCCGAUGUUCUGCUUCUUGAGAAGGCUUUGUUCAAUUCUCAUAGCUUCGAUACGGCCAAGCAGCUGGAGAAUGAGAAUGCCCAGGAAGCAGCUAAACGUAAUAUGGCCAGAAAUGUCUUUAUAACAGGUCAUGCGGGCAUGUCAGUGGCAGAGGCAGCCAAAUUGCUCAUCCAAGAGGCUCGACAAUUCGUUCAGUAUGAAAUCGGAGUGGGAAAUAUCAAGUGGACGCAGACAGAGGAGGCCACUACUACGACAGAUUUGCACAUGUCAGUAGAGGACACGCACCACAACAAAAUAAACCCCUCAAUACCCAAACGCAAGAUGUCGGAGGGAUUAGAUUCAUCACCAAAUGAGCCGUCGCCCUUUAAGAUGCUUAAGCUGGAUAAAGUUGUCGACAAAGCCAAGGAAAAUUAUUUAACGAGCGCUGCCAAGGAUACGGUCACAAGACCAACGGAAGUUAAAGCAUGUAAGACUUCAGAAUCUUCAAGACAAUUUUCCGUACUCAAAACUCAAAAUCCACCUACGCAAAGUUCCCUCAAAUUGAAUGGCACGGAAUCGUCUUUGCUUAAGACCCCAAAUUCUGUACCUAAUUCCGCUUUUAAGCCAUCAUCUAUUGAUGUCAGUUGCAUGCGUGAUCCUGGUACCAAAAGGGCGAAAUGUAGCACGGAAAAGCCCGAAGUUCCAGCAGAUGACCCCAAGAGAAAUACUCCUGUCUCCAAGCAAUCGACAUAUACUACCAUUCCAACAGUUACCAAUAAAGCGUCGCGAUUUAGGACCCAAAACCCAACAAUUCAAUCAAAUCCUCUGAAACCUGUUACUUCAGCAUUUGUAAAAGAUCCACAGAAACCUGCAGCUUAUAGUUCUGCCACAGGAAAUACAAGAGAUAUACACCCUUUCUCCACGACAGACAAUCCUGUGGUACCAAAUCCAACCACUUCCCAUAACUUUGAUAUGGAACAACCAACAACAAGCCGUGCAGCUAGCAAAGAGCUUCUAAGAAGGGAAAUUGCGGAACGUCGUCGUUUGGCUUUGUUGAAAAUCAACAAGAAGCGUGCUGAAAUGGAGAAUGUUGGUCAGACAUUGCCUGUGGAGACACAGGGCAUCAAGAUGCUAAAAGUAGCUCCAAACAAUACGAAAAACACAACAACUGAGGAGAUUCAAGAUCAAGUCUCUACAAAUAUAUCUUCUGCAAUCAGCACGAACAAAGUAGAACCCCCAGUCGGUCUUAGUAAAGAGUUAAAAUCCGGUACGGAAACACAGGGGAUCAAGAUGCCAGAAGUAGCUCCAAUUAUAACACCAAACAAAACGAGGGUUCCAGUCCAAGUCUCCACAAAUAAAUCUUCUGCAAUCAGCACGAACAAAGCACAAACCCAAGUGGGUCGCAGUAAAGUGAAUUUUCCCACGCCACCCAGUUCAAUGCCAAGACGUAGCCCACGUAAUCAUGAACCACCGAGGAGUAGAGUUCCUGCAGAGGAGGAUCUAUUUAUGGCCGAUGAUUCCUUUAUGCUCAGCUCUGCUGUGACUGCUGCUAUAUCAGCAGCCGAAAGCAAAUUCACUCUGCCAACUGCCAGUUCGGAGACAGACGAAAUCCCAAGCUCACAGCCAAAGGAGUCGUCAGAGUUGGCUAGUGCCAAUGGACAGACGCCUUAUGCCUCGCGUAUAAUGCGCUCUUAUCAGCUGCGAUCUCAACGCGUGCAAAGUCCUCAGCCAAGUCCGAAUGUCUGCGAACCUGACACGAUUUCUACUGAGAGUGUUGCCUCCUCCAUGGAACUCUCUGAGAUGUCUUCGUCUGAGAGUUCUUUGAUUCAGAAUCCAUUGCAAUUAAACGCAUCACAUAUUCUGAGUGCUUCCAAGGACGAUGAUGUGGCCUCCAGCUUUAACUCUAUUGACAUUGUCGACAUCUGUGGGAGUCGAAGGCUAUUUCAGGCAGCAUUCAAGAUGCUGCACGACGCUCCACGUUGUGGGAUGAGUGUUGGACUUCAAAUGCAGGCUGGCAAAAGGAAACCUCUGAUUGGAGCAAAUCUAUUAAUCAACCAAGUGGCGGCGCAACAAGAGGCAGCAGCCACUUCCGAUGUGCUGUUCGAAGUGGAUGACAAUAGAUUUAUAGCAUGCUUAUCGUUUUGCCUAGCCGACAAUGUGGCCUACUACAUGAACAUGCAGCAGGAGGGCAAGAAAGAAGCUGUCGGCACUCAGUUAAAGGUGGAGGAGCUGGUCAAACUGUUGACUCGCCCCGAACUGACGCUUAUAAUGCACGAUGGCAAGGAGCAGCUAAAGAUCCUACGGCAUGCAAUGCCACAGCUAGUGAGGAUCGCCAUUAAACUGGAGGAUCCCAAAGUGGCCAAUUGGUUAUUGCAGCCCGAUAAGGUGCUCAGCUUCCACAACAUGUGCCAGCAAUUCGCACCUGAAUGCAAGGGUUUGACCGAUCUCUGUGGGAGUGGACGAGGCUACAGUAGCUACGGUCUAGAUGCCAGCAAUGCUAUUUUGCCCAAGAUUAGAGCAUCAGUAGAAGCCUGUGUGUCCAUGCAUAUACUCCACGGUCAGAUUGAGAAUCUUGAGAGGAUUGGCACUGGGCAACUGCUCAAGUUUUUCCGAGAUCUCGAAAUGCCCAUUCAGUUGUCGCUCUGCAACAUGGAGUUCACUGGCUUUCCGGCCAAGCAAGAAUCCUUGCAGGGUCUCUCUCAGCAAAUGCUGAGCACCAUGAAGAAAUUGGAAGCCAAGAUCUACGAGUUGCAUGGCUCACGUUUUAAUCUGGGCUCCUCCCAGGCCGUGGCCAAGGUUUUGGGACUGCACCGCAAGGCUAGUGGCAAGGUCAGCACAUCCCGGCAGAUUCUUGAGAAACUGGACUCGCCCAUUUCUCAGCUGAUAGUCGGCUAUCGAAAACUGAGCACUGUAUUAGCAAAGAAUGUCCAGCCAUUGCUCAAAUGUUGCCAGGACAAUCGCGUCUAUGGGCAGAGCCUUUCCUAUACAGCCACUGGACGCAUAUCCAUGUCAGAGCCAAAUCUACAAAAUGUUGCCAAAGAUUUUGAGAUCAAUUUGGAUUCGGAUAAGGUCAACAUCUCCUGUCGUUCAGCGUUUCUGCCCAUGGACUUUAAACGUUGCCUGAUUUCGGCAGAUUUUUGCCAAUUGGAAAUGCGAAUCCUAGCCCACUUGUCGCAGGAUCCAGCCCUCCUGGAGGUGAUGAAUUCACCACGGGAUCUGUUCACAGCUAUUGCCGCCCGAUGGAAUCAUAUGAACGAAUCUGAAGUAUCGGAGAACUUGCGCAACGGCACCAAACAGAUAUGCUAUGGAAUCGUCUAUGGCAUGGGCAUGCGCAGCCUUGCCGAGUCAUUGAAAUGCACGGAGAAUGAAGCGCAAACGGUUUCGGAACAGUUCCAUCAAACAUAUGCUGGAAUAUCAGCCUAUAUCCAGAAAGUAGUCAAGUUUGCUCGCAACAAUGGCUACGUGGAGACCAUAACUGGACGAAGACGGUAUCUGGAACACAUCAAUAGCGGAGAACUGCAAAUAAAAAAUCAGGCCGAACGCCAGGCCAUUAACUCGACCAUUCAGGGUUCAGCUGCAGAUAUUGCCAAAAGUGCCAUUCUGCGCAUGGAGAAGCAUUUGCUUCGAUACCGCGAACGCCUGGGGAUAACUGAGAACUCUGUGAAUUUAGUUUUACAUCUUCACGAUGAACUGAUCUUCGAGGUGCCCAUAGAUAAGGCCAAAAAAAUAGCCAAAGUUUUAAGUCUCACCAUGGAAAGCUGCGUCAAACUGAGUGUACCACUCAAGGUGAAACUGAAGAUUGGUCGCAGCUGGGGUGCAUUGAAGGAAGUAGGAAUAUAGGCAAUUUGUAAUUUUUUUCUUUAAUAGGUUUUAAAUCAAAUUUUUAGCACAGAAUUUUUGAAUUUUAUUAAAAUGUAAAAAUUUAUUGACUUUGCUUCGCUUGCCAUUCCGUCCAGGAGCCGGCAUAAGAUUUGGCGCUGCAAUUUAGAUUGUUAAAUAAAUAUACAUUGCGAAAUACA